UCUCACUGAGGUCUGUCUCGGGCGGUUUUUACGUCCCCUAUGAGGAAGGAGGUCAACCCGUAUCCGGCCGUCCAGGCCUGCAUCCUCCUUGAGCGGGAUCAGGUGGACCGCAUGCUAUUUCCAGGUGUUUCCAAGUCCGUUGGGGUGGGGCAUGUAAGACUGCUCCUUGUCAGCUGGCCUCCUGACGCAGCUGUUCAACAGCCUUUCUUCUGGCACGGUGACAAAGCUGACGUGGCUCUUAGCCUAAACGACUCCAUUUUGUGGAGCAGCCAUUUUAAGGCAAAGUGGCUCCUGGUUGGAUGUCUGACUCUUGAUUUUGGCUCAGGUCAUGAUCUCAGCGUCACGGGAUUGAGCCCUGCAUCAGGCUCCAUGCUCAGUGUAGUCUCCAUGCCCAGCGUAAGCCGUGUGGGGCUUGAAGUCACAACCCUAAGAUCAAGAUCUGAGGAAAACAGUCACAUAGAAGCCUGACAUACACUAAGAAAGAUGCCAUUGGGUCUUCCCCCACGCAGCCUGAGGUGACAUCCGAAAAUGGUUUGCUACUCGCUGGACCCAGAAAACCCUACAAAAUCAUGCAAAUCAAGAGGUUCAAAUCUUCGUGUUUACUUUAAGAACACGCAUGAAACUUCCCAGGCCAUCAAGGGUAUGCAUAUCCAAAAAGCCACCAAGUAUCUGAAAGAUGUCACUUUGCAGAAGCAGUGUGUGCCAUUCCAUCGCUACAAUGGUGGAGUUGGUAGGUGUGCCCAGGCCAAACAGUGGGGCUGGACACAGGGUCGGUGGCCCAAGAAGAGUGCUGACUUUUUACUGCACAUGCUUAAAAAUGCAGAGAGUAAUGCUCAACUUAAGGGUUUAGAUGUAGAUUCUCUGGUCAAUGAGCACAUCCAGGUGAACAAAGCCCCCAGGAUGCGGCGUAGAACUUACAGGGCUCAUGUCCGUAUUAACCCAUACAUGAACUCUCCGUGCCACAUGGAGAUGAUUCUUACUGAAAAAGAGCAAAUUGUUCCUAAACUAGAAGAGGAGGUUGCACAGAAGAAAAAGAUACCCCAGAAGAAACUAAAGAAACAAAAACUUAUGGCCCAGGAGUAAAUUCCGCAUAGAAUAAAUGCAAAUUAAAAAAAAAAAGAAAGGUGUCACUGUCAGUCAUUCAUAAAUAAAAAUGGUCUUCACAGCUGCCACUAUAAUCAUCGAUUUCCUAAAUGUAACUUCAGACUUUUUAAUUUAAACCCUGAAUUAUCUUCCCAUAUAAAAAUGUGAAUGACCUAAUUCGCUUUUAUGUGGAUUAUAUUUUAUUGUCUAAAUCAAUAUUUAAAUCUAAAUCAAUAUUUAGAAAUAAAAUAUUGUAUUUUCUUGUA